CCUGCAUAUUAUGCUUCCAGUCUUUUACAGCUUGUAAAAAAUGCAAUCUAAUUCAUUACAUGCUCUCCCUUUGCUUUUACUUUCAUGUAUCCAUGGAUUUUAUUAUCUCACUUUAGCUCAAGAAUCAGGACAGUACUAUUACGAAUGCAGUUCAGCUCUUUUCCUUUCUGGAAGUGUAUUUGAGCAGAACUUAAACCUCACCCUCACUUGGCUUGCUGGAAAUGCUUCUCUAGAUGGUGGAUUUCACAACAUCAGUGUGGGUCAGAACCUUGAUACUACUAUUUAUGGCCUUGUACAAUGCGUAGGCUAUGCCACUGCCAAAGAAUGUUAAGAUUGCGCAAACAUUGCUGCUAAAAGAAUCAGGGGAAUCUGUCCAAACAAGAAGGACGCUUCCAUAGGAUUAGUGUAUUGCUGGAUGCGCUAUUCCAAUCAGCGUUUCUUCUCUACUACCUUCGACAGUGUUCGAAAAUACUUUGAAAAUAAUCAGAACGAUGUAACCGAUCCAGUUGUUUGGAAUCAUCAACUGGAUAACUUGCUGAACAAUCUAUCAUCGCAAGCUGCCUCUGCUUCUUCAAGAUUUGUAGAUGGGAAUGCCACUUACAAAGAUUCAGACAUUAUAUAUGCUAUUGUACAGUGUACCAGAGACUUAACACAAAACAACUGCUUAACUUGCCUGGAAGAUGUUAUUGGUUACAUACCUCAGUCCUGUGAUGGGAAAGUAGGGUGUCAGAUAUAUUCUAUAAGUUGCUUCCUUCGUUAUGAAAUAUACGAUUUCCUUCUGUCAGCUUCACCACCUGAAUUAACACCUUCUCCUCCAUUUCCAAGCUCUACCAACACAGGAGGUAAGAAGAACACUAAAAAGACAAUCGUUACUGUUGUGAUCCCUGUAAUCGUGAGCCUGAUGGUGAUACUCAUGAUCUGUGCUUUCUUUGUACAAAGAAAUGCCAAGAGAAAGAGACUUGAUGGUAUUCAUGAAGAUGGGGAUGGUAAUUUGGAGUUACUUGUGAUUGGACUAAGAACAAUUAAAGUCGCAACAGGAAAUUUCUCCAACGAGUACAAACUUGGAGAAGGUGGUUUUGGUCCAGUUUACAAGGGUGUGCUGAGUAAUGGACAAGAAAUAGCAGUCAAGAGGCUGUCAAGUCACUCAGGUCAAGGUUUGGAUGAGCUGAAAACAGAAGUAAAGCUGGUUGCUAAAUUGCUGCAUCGGAAUCUGGUAACGCUAUUGGGCUACUGCUUAGAAGAUGAAGAGAAGCUACUAGUUUAUGAAUAUCUGCCUAAUGGGAGCUUGGACAAAAUUUUGUUUGGUAUGGCUGAAGGUUAUUCUAUUUUCAUAUUGAGAAAAGUAGAUGGUUGA